AUGGAUCACCUCCCAAAGUUCCGAAGAAAACCAAAGAUUCCCACAAUCUCUACCACCGACGUCAAACCUCAUCCCUCCCGCAACGAUCAGCACUCCUCCCCCCAGCAAAUUUACCCCUCUACCACUGUUACAGUCACCAGCAGCGGCGGACGGUCUCCGACCCCAACGAAGCCCGGCCUGCGCAAAUCGGCUUUCCGCGGCCUCCACCUCCGCGGAUCAGCCAAGCGCGCCCGCUCGCCUCCUCUGGCCUCACUCCCUUCGUCGCCGCCACCCGCGAUCGUCUCCCACGACGGCAUCACCUCCCCGCCCUCUUCCACAAGGCAUAGGGACAGCAGCAGCAAGGACGAAGGGACGGCGUCGGAGAAGGAUGGCCAGGAGAGCACAGGGAUGCCGAAGCCUAAGAUCCCUGCUUUCCUCGACCUGUCCACACCAGACCUGGAGAAUAAGUUCCAAGAGCUCGUGUGGCAGGAACGCAAUCGCCUCGCGGCCGGCAUGGCCCCCGAUGCCGACGAAAACUCGAAAUGGGGUUCCUACAAGCAGACGGACCUGCGCAGGGGCGUGCAGGACCGCUACUUUAAUAUCAAGCCCUGGAACCAUAACCGCAUUAAGCUACGCGUCCCCGAGGACGAGCUUGACUAUGUAAACGCGUCAACGAUAACACUGAAUUCGCCCUCGAACAAGGACCUUCCGCCGCUGCGUUACAUCGCGAUGCAGGGGCCGACGCAGGCAUCCCUCGACUUCGUCUGGCGCAUGGUCGCCGAGCAGCUCUCUUCGCCCGUGGUCAUCGUCCAGCUCACCAACAUGUUCGAGAACAACCAAGUCAAAUGCUACCCCUACCUUCCCAUGGACGAGACAGAGGAGCCUUGGACGCUGAACGAGAUGGACGGCUGGAACGACGGCUGGACCGCGACGCUGACGUUCGACUCCCUGCUCUCACUCGAGGACGGCGCUAUUGAGGUGCGCAAGCUUUUGUUGCGUGUCGGUGACGAAGAGGACGACAGGACAAUAUGGCACAUGCUCUAUACAAAGUGGCCCGACUUUGGCGUACCUGCUGUCGACGACCUUGGGUCCUUCUUCACCCUCAUGCGUCUCUCGCGUGAAUACAACACGGCCGGUCCUGAUACGCCUCGUAUUAUCCACUGUAGCGCGGGCGUCGGCCGUACGGGGACCUUCAUUACGCUGGAGCACCUUAUGCGUGAGCUCGACGAGGGCGCGCUGGGCGACUAUGACGGCACAUCAGAGGGCAGCGACCUCAUCUACUCGACCGUGGACGCACUCCGCGAGCAGAGGCGGAGCAUGGUCCAGGCCGAAGCGCAAUACCUGUUCCUCUAUCAAGUCCUGCGGAAGCUGUGGCAAGAGAAAUACGACGUCGAGGACAGCGACGGGGACAGCGAACCGGCAGCUAAGAGACUCGAAGUCGAGGACUCGUCGUUUACAGAUUAA